AUGGGGAAAAAUCAAGGAGAGUAUUGCAGAUAUCACCAAACUCGGGGACAUUCCACUGAUCAUUGCCGAGAAUUGAAGAACCAGAUUGAGAUGCUCAUCCGUGAGGGGCACUUGCAAAGAUAUGUGAGAAAUGAGGAAGAAGAAAAUAAGGAACCCCGGCAAAGGGAAGACAAGCGUGAUGGGCAUGAAAGGCCAAACCCAAGGCAGCAAGAGAGAGGAAGAGAUUAUCGGCAAGAUACUCGUGUAGACAAUGAGCCGACUCAACAAGCCAUUCACGUUAUUUCAGGGGGAGAAACCCUAGGUGGAGACACAUUAGCCUCCCGAAAGGCAUACGCACGUCAAGCCUACCAAGUUAACUCAGUGAUGGAAGUAAGAGAUGAUGAAGAGCCAAUCACCUUUGCCCCAACUGAUCGAGGUGAUAUAAUACUCCCACAUGAUGAUCCCAUGGUUAUCUUAGCAGUCGUAGCCAAGCACCCCAUCAGCAGAAUUUUAGUGGACAGUGGCAGUUCUGUCAAUCUGAUUUACUGGAACUGUUUUGAACAAAUGCAUUUAUCCCAUGAUCGAUUGAGGAAAGUAUCCUCACCUCUGUAUAGCUUUACUGGAGAAGCGGUACCAGUUGCAGGAUCUAUUCAAUUACCUAUCACGUUAGGAUACCAUCAAAUAAGGAUGUACCCUCCAGACCAGGAAAAGACGUCAUUCAUCACUGAAAAGGGGACAUACUGCUACCAAGUCAUGCCUUUCGGACUUAAGAACGCCGGAGCCACUUAUCAACGCAUGGUGAAUAAGGUCUUUAAAAAAUUGCUGGGCGACACAAUGGAAGCCUAUGUUGACGAUAUGAUAGUGAAAAGUCGAGAGAAUGAAUCCCAUGUAGAAAAGCUAAAGCGGGUGCUUGGGGUCUUUAGGCAAUACAACAUGCGGUUAAAUCCAGCGAAGUGUGCAUUUGGAGUACAGUCUGGAAAAUUCUUGGGAUACAUGAUCACACAAAGAGGAAUCGAGGCGAACCCUGAGAAAAUUCAAGCAAUAUUGGAUAUGGAACCACCCGCGUCAACUAAAGAAGUUCAGCGAUUGACAGGGCGAAUGGCAGCUCUGGGACGUUUUCUCUCCAAGUCAGCCGAAAGGGAGCUACCCUUCUUGCGAACACUAAGAGCAGGGAAAAAAUUUGAGUGGACAGAACAGUGUCAAAAGUCAUUCGAAGCGUUGAAAGAAUAUUUGAAAGGACUUCCCCUAUUAACACGACCAGAGAUUGGAGAGACAUUGUACUUAUACUUGGGAGUCAGUGAUGAAGCCAUCAGUGCAGUAUUAAUCAGGAAAGAAGGACAGGUGGAUCGACUGAUAUAUUAUGUCAGCAAGGUAUUACAAGGCCCCGAGACACGUUAUCCCGUGGCGGAGAAAAUGGCAUUGGCCCUGAUAAAUGCAUCCAGAAAGUUGAGGCCAUACUUCCAGGCUCAUUCGAUUAUCGUACUUACAGAUCAGCCUUUACGAAGUAUUUUACAAAAACCCGAAUGUUCUGGUCGCCUUACCAAAUGCAAAGUAGGAGAAAAUGAGCAGGCAGUAUGGUUGCUAUUUGUUGAUGGAGCAUCUGGUUCACAAGGAAGCGGAGCGGGAAUAGUACUAGUAUCCCCUGAAGGAGACACGUUGGAAUAUUCUCUGCAAUUUGCUUUUUCAAGUACCAAUAAUGUGGCUGAAUAUGAAGCCUUAAUCGCAGGAAUGAGAAUAGCAAAGAAAUUGGAGUUUCAGGGACAAUUUGAAACCAGGGAACAAGUAAUGGCCCAGUACUUGCGUAAAGUCAAAGAUCUAGCCCAAACAUUCCAGAGCUUCCAAUUAACACAAAUAAACAGAUCUCUUAAUGGGCACGCUGAUGCUUUAUCUAAAUUAGCAUCCACUAGAGAGAUAACAGGAAGAGCAGUAUUUGAGGAAAUGCUACACCAUCCAAGUAUCGAAGAAAAGGAAGUAUCAUGCAUUGAGACGGGGACAGACUGGAGAUCGUCCUUCUAUCGUUAUCUCACUAACAAUGAAUUACCUGACGAUCCACAAGAAACGAGAAGGCUUAAGAUGCGGGCUUCAAGAUUUACUAUCAUAGAUGGGAUAUUAUAUAAGCGAGCUUACACUACACCUCUUCUCAAAUGCAUAGGCCCUCAAGAAGCCGAAUAUAUCCUAGCAGAAGCUCAUAGUGGAAUGUGUGGAGAACAUCUGGGAGCAAGAGCUCUGGCGACCAAAAUAUUAAGAGCCGGGCAUACAUUUCCAACAAGAGGCACAUGGGAAGAUGAGCUACCCACCAUUUUAUGGGCUUAUCGGACGACUAGUCGAGUUGCUAUCGGAGAAACUCCAUUCAAUCUUGUAUAUGGGACAGAGGCCUUAAUCCCGAUAGAAAUUUCAGCGAAGUCCCCAAGGUUAAUGGCAUAUGAAGAGGAGGAUGGUGUAAGGAAUUCUGAAGUAUUGCGAGAAAAUUUGGAUCUGAUUGAAGAACAGAGAGAUAACGCUGCCAUGAAGAUAGCCGCAUAUCAGUGA